UCCCCCCGCGUCGCCCCUCAUCAGCUGACAAAUGUAAACAAACGCUCGAGAGACGACUAUGACGAAGGGCGCAAGAUGAACGUGGCUUUCAACAGUCCGGAACUUCUUCACCUCUCUGUGGCUCCUGGGACGAAGUCAUGGAGUAUUUUCGUCGGUGUGAUGUCCAUUGGAAUUGGUGCUUCAUACUAUAGCCCAGAUGACCAUAUUCUUAUGAAGAUUGCAUAUCUCACAGGAUGUCUCAUUCUUGGCCUCACAUUCUUGGAUGAUUGGGAGGAUUGUGUGUUUGACAUCAAGAAAGGUCAAGUGACCAUAACGAGACGCAAUUGGUUCGAGUGGCUAACGAGCCGCUGUGCUGAUCAUAAUACUCUCGUCCUAGAUACAGGCUCGGUCAUUGCAGUCACAGUUGUGCAAGGGAAAGGCGGACACAAAGAUGGCUAUCAAGUUGCAAUGGUUUUAAGAGCUGGAGGAACAAUGCCACUUUCAGAAACAAGUGCAGGUGGGAAAAGCGAACAAGAGCACCUCGCUAAGAAAGUGCGAGACUUCUUGUCACUGGAUCGAGUUGAAUCCGUCAGAAAUGUGUGGAACGACUGGUCGGAGAGCGAUGAAGAGGACUUCCUUAUGGUUCCUCAGCCACCAUUUGAGGUUGAAAGUUUAAAGGGUAGUGGAAAUAUAAAUUUUGAGGACAUUAAAUUAGAAAAUGAACGUGUUGUACAGCAAGGGGAGAGUGAUGAGAUGGACACUUCCAGCAGUGAUGAGGAGCUGUACGAUGAUCUGUGAGCUCUGCCAAUAGAGGAGGGAGGUGUAUGAGUGCUUCGUUGUUGUGUUCUGUGAUUCAAAAGCCAUGAAAUACACUAUCAGUGACAUGCUUCCCUCUGUGCUGUCCUUGUCACUUCUUUAGGUGGGGACAACCUGUUGAAGUAUACUCAUAAUGAGUAUACAUAGUGAUGUUCUUUUUAUUUGUAUGUAUACAUAAUGUAUCUGCUAAUGGUGACUCUAUACCACUGUGCCAUUAUCCUCAGUAACUUUGUCUGCACCUUCUUUACCAUGAUUGUAAAAGGUUUGUAUCAAGACUCAGGUUCUUUGUGUCAGUAAGCAAAAGAUGAAAGUUAUGUAUUGGAUUUUUUUGACUGAUUGUAAUGAUAUACCAAAAGAUUAAGGAUGAUAAUGUCUUGCAUUAUCUGGUGGAAGAGUAGUAGAUGAAACAGUUCCUAAUUUCUAAGAAAAAAUAUGGUGCUUUUAUAUUCUCUGUUUGAAGUUUCCUCUCUCGUUGUCAUUAGAGAAAGAAGGCAAGCACAUGUCCUCAAAUUACGGAAAGACUUCAGUUGACAAGGAUAUGUAUCAUUUGUGUUUGCAUAUUUGUUUUAAAAAAGUGUGAAUGUAUUGGAAAAUCAUGUGUGCCAGAGAGAGGCAUAUUUCCUUUUGAUUGUAAAGUAUAUCAUGAAAUGUAUGCAUGGAAGAUAAGUUCUUGCCCAAAGUUACUUAAAGACUUUACUCAUGAGUGAAGUGAGUGUGGGAGCAUGCAUGUUUGCUUGCCUGUGUGCAUCUGUGCAUGCAUGUAUGUAUGUGCACUUCUUUGUGCACACUGAAAUAAUGAAACUGCCAGCACAAUGAUCUGUCAAUACUUGUUGUACUGUAGUUCUCAUGUAGUAACUAAACUCUAUGUGCAGACAAAGGUUAACUCUGAAGUUGUGAAAGGAAUGAUAAAUAUUGCAUUUUUAAUGCAUUUUUGGUGCACCUUUUUCAUUUUGAAGUACAUUUAGUUUCUUUCAUAUGGUGAUUCACAUGUUUAUUUUUUUACUGAAUUCUUUGUUGUUGUGUGCAAUAUGUUUGCCUUGUACUGAACUUCUCUCAUAUAUAUGAGAUAUAAUUGUGGUUUUCAAUUUAAGCAGUUUGAGUUUUGUUUUCAUUCAUUUACUUUAAUGAUUAUUUUAUUUAGAUUUUUAUCAUUAUUACUUUUCAGUAAUUAUGGUUGGUAACAAUUGUAUUAUGUUCAUGUUAUCUCUAAAUUGGAGUCUGUUCAUCACCCGUCUUGAUUUGUUUCAUGUUCUAUGCAAGGACAGAAAAUCAUUGAUGUGAUUUUACUACUCCAUUUGAAUCUUCCAAAAUUGCCCUCUAAGAGAUAAGUUGUGGCUGGUGUUUUGACUUUUUAUAUUUUGCAGUUGGGAUUAGCCAUUUUUUUCAUCUUUGGAACAACAGAACAUUUUUGAAGGUUGACAGGUAAGAUGUCAAAAAUUACUUUGAGGAACACUACUGAUGCCAGUUUUUGGCUAAAUAUUUUUUACGGCAAAGUGAAAUUAGUCACUUUAAGUGUUGGUAUUAAUUGAUUGGUUGACUUUUUUUUCUGUUGUGGAUUGAAUGGGAAGUUUUUUUUUCAGUCUCUGUAAUGUAAUAAACAGAGAUGAAAAUCUCCAGAAAAUUUAGUGUUUUAAUGAAGAUAUAGUUAAAUGGUGCCUUUCUAUUUUUAUUUUUUUUCCAUGGAAAUGGAAAAUGUUUUGUAUAAGAUUGAAAUAGAUAGUAUUGCUUUAACUGUCUGAGAACUGACUUAUUUUCUGAUUAUUUUCAAUGUAAUCUCUUUCUCGAGAAACAAAUUACAGGCCUGAAUAUAUAUAUUUUUUGUAGAGCACAUAUAAAGGAAGCUGGGCAGAUACUGUUAAAUGGCUCUUGGAUAUAUAUAUUUUUUUCAAUUUUGAUUGUAUGAUUAUUGUUAUAAUUUUUUUGGGGGGUGACUUUUAUAUGUCUUUGCUUAAAACUAAUUUAAUCUCUAGGCAUUAACUUAUGAUUGUAAAGCAAUAAUAUGAUUUGUCUUCUGGUUUAUCUAACUGAAAUUUAGAAAUAUUUGUAGUAUACAUUCUAGUAACUGAAUAUGAUAAGAUAUUUUGAUAACAAGUGUUAGGUAUUAAGUGUUUCUACAUUUGCAUUAUGCAAAGACUGGUAAGAGGAAAUGUAUUUUCUUUAUAAUUAAAGAAAAAACAAACCAACAAAAAAAAAAAAGUGUAUUUAAGCUUAAAAUUAUUUUCUCAUCUAGGUAAUGAUUAAGAUUAGAUAUCAGAUGCUAGCAUAAGAAUUUAGAUAGAUAACCUUGUAAGAUAAAUCAAAAUAUUAGUUGUAACUGGUUAUAAUGCUUUAAGAUUGAAAAGUAAAAACAAUUUUUUUUCAAUUUACGUCUUAAUUCAGCUCUGCGCGAUUUGUUUGUCACGUGAUUAUUUUUUAGACUAUUAGAUAGGCAGAUGUGAACUUAAUUAUGUAAUAUCAUUGCCACACAGGUGUUCAGUUUUUAUCCUAUUUGUUACUUUUUUUCUUUCAUUUUUUCUUUUCCUACCCCUAGCCCCUACUAGAAUGCCAUGUAGAAUGCAUCCUAACAGGGCGUAGGUUUAAUCACCUGCUAUACACAAAGCAUACCGUGCAUCUUCUUUACUUAAAAAAUCUUGUGUCUCUUCAUCCCACAGUAAAGUGGUUACCGAAUUGAGUGAAGCUUCUUGGAAUUAUUUAUCCGGCCUGUGUUGUGUUUCUGUUUGCAUUUUAUAGUACAGUUUUUCGUAUGCGAUUUUAUUUUUGAAUUGAAUGUGUGAAUUUGUCUCACUGUCCAUGUACUCAUAGUUGCACUAGGUUUUUUUCUCUCUCUCUUUUUUUUCAGGUGAGAAAGAUGUAAGUGAGGUGCUCUUCAGUAUUUCACCUUUCAGCCUAUAUCAGAUAUUACAUAGGUGCAAUUAGCUCUUGGACACCCUUUUGAAAAUAUUUUGAAAAAUGAUCGAAAUCAACCCUUUGUUGACAGUAGUAUUGCAAUUGUUUCUUCCCGUAUUGAAUCUUCCUAUGCCAUAUUCAUUCCUGUUGAUACCUUUGUCAUCAAGAACUGUUGGUUUUGAUUCAAGUAUGUUUCUGAAUGCUGUGAUUUUGCUGUCUUUGCUUUGGCUUUCAUAUCAUUUCUGAUUUUAGGCUUAGGAAAGGGAAUAGGGUUUGUGCAUUCAAAGAGUAUAAAUGCAUACUUUUCCUUCAUAUUAUCCCAGUAAGGAAGUAAUCAUAGAUGGCUGUGAUCAAAUAUAAUUAAUAAUAUUUACAGUAUUUCAGCAAGUAAAUGUGUAUCUGUUCCCAUUUUUCCUUUCAUGUUAGUUGCCUGUUCAACAGAGGAUAUACAGUAUAUAAUAAUUAAAUUUAGAAUGAAGAACAGAAACUGUGGUGCAUAGUGGUGAUAUUGCAUGGAUGCUGUGGCUUAGUCUUGGAGCGGAAAAUUAAAAAUAUUGAUAAUGCAUCAAAUCUAUAAGGACUACUUUGAGUUUGAACACAUCAAACCAUAAACCACCAGCCCUUUUGUUUGUGCUUUUUAAAUCCAUGGUGUAUUUUUAAUUCCGUAAAAGGCACACUGUGUUUUCAAAAUUUUAAAGGUAGAUCAGGCAAGAAAAUAUGAUCUAAAAGCAGUAACCUUAUGCAAGACGCACCACUUUUGCAUGCCAGUUUCUUGCCAGGUUGCCCGUCACUAUCUACAGUGGUUUUGUAAUAUCUUUGAAAUUGUUGUACUACUAUACAAUGAAUAACUAUUGUAUAAAAUAAUUGUUUCUUGAGGCAGCCACUAUUUUUUUAAGCAAUAGGGAAUAACAGCAACAGAGAAUAAUUGUAAAAUCAUAUGUAUGUAUACUGUAGAUGAACAUUUUGAUAUUUUGAAAAAGAAUUAAUUACUACUAAGAUAAGUAGGUGUAAUUGUAUUCAAAUUUCAUGAUAUUGUAUUUGCAGAAUGCAGACUCGAAAGCAAUUAAUAAUGAUCAUUAGUUUAGCAUGAAAUACUUUAUUAAGGAAGCUUUACUUUGUAUGUAAGUGUAGUAUGGUGCUGAUGUUUUUUAUGUAAGCAUUGCCUCUUAAUAAAAAAAAA